CAUAAAUCUUAACUAUUAACAAUUUAAAUAUUUUAUAUUGAUAAUAAUGAUAAUAAAAACAAUCUAUUCAAUAUACACUUAUCAUCAUCAUCAUCAACAUCAUCACUCUCAACAUCACCAUCACCAUCAUCAACAUCCUCAUCAACAUCAACCUCAACAUUAAUUGAAGUGUAAUACACAUUACACAUAUUAGAAUAACUAUUAACUAAAAGUUAAUCAAAGUAUAUUAGUCUACUUAUAUUUAUACAAAACGAGUAGUAUCAUCUAUCAAUAAAUAAAUAAUUUGUUUAUUUAUUAUUAAAGUCCAUUAUUAUUAUUAUUAUUAUUUACAAUAAUUAUUUUAAUUAUUCAAAUGAAUACAUCAUCAAAAUCCGAUAAUUUUCUUGCACAAUUUAAAGAUAUUAAUUCAAAUUCAUUAAAAUAUUUUACUGCUGCACAAUUUGUUGAAGUAUGGAAUCAUUAUGAUACUGAUGGCAAUGGUUAUAUUGAAGGUUCAGAAUUGGACAAUUUUCUACGUGAAUUCAUCUAUAGUGUAUUUUCUGAAGAAUUAGGAAAUGAGACAAUACCUAGCGAUGAGUUGGAAUUGAUGAAAAAAGAAUUUAUGGAGGCAUUCGAUGAAAAUUCUGACAAUCGCAUUGAGCUUACUGAAAUGGCUAAAAUUUUACCAACUGAAGAAAAUUUUAUUCUGUUGUUUCAUCGGGAUAAUCCAUUGGAUUCAAGUGUUGAAUUUAUGAGAGUGUGGAAACGUUUCGAUAAAGAUAGAAGUGGAUAUAUUGAAGCUGAUGAAUUGAAAUCAUUUCUUCUACACUUAUUGAAAGAAGCGAAACCGGAAACUAAUAUUGAAGAAGGAAAAUUAAUUGAGUAUACUUCAUCCAUCCUCCAGUUAUUCGAUCAAAAUAAAGAUGGUAAACUUCAACUCAGUGAAAUGGCAAGACUACUUCCUGUUAAAGAGAAUUAUUUAUGCAGACCAAUUUUCAAGAAUGCUUCGAAAAUUACAUCAGCUGAUAUUGAUCGAGCAUUUUCACUUUAUGAUCUUGAUGCAAAUGGUACAAUAGAAGAUGAAGAAUUAUCAGGAUUCCUUAAAGAUUUAUUGGAAUUAGCUCAAGAAGAUUAUGAUGAAGCUGAUUUGGAAUUUUUUAAAAAAGUCAUAUUAAAUCAAUGGGAUGUAAAUAAUGAUGGGAAAAUUAAUCGUGAUGAAUUAAAAAUGAUGCUUAUGCAACAAUCUCGUCUGUUAGGUGAUAGAUUAUGA